GCCAGCCAGUAGGCGGAGGAGGAGGAAGCUGGAGGCGGCGAGCGGCGCCGGCCCAUUGUCCAGUGGGCGAAGAGCUCUGGCGGACAUGGCUCGCCUCCGCUGCCUGUUCGUGCUCGCGCUCCUCCUCGCGCAGCUGCCCGGCGACGCCAUCGCCGGGCGCGGGCACCACGGCCCCGCCGCACACGACUACAGGGACGCGCUCGCCAAGUCCAUCCUCUUCUUCGAGGGCCAGCGGUCGGGCAGGCUGCCGCCGUCGCAGCGCAUGUCCUGGCGCCGGGACUCGGGCCUCAGCGACGGCGCCUCCGCCAAGGUGGACCUCGUGGGCGGGUACCACGACGCCGGCGACAACGUCAAGUUCGGGUUCCCGAUGGCGUUCAGCAUGACGAUGCUGGCGUGGAGCGUGGUGGAGUUCGGCGGGCUCAUGAAGGCCGAGCUGCAGCACGCCAGGGAGGCCGUGCGCUGGGGCGCCGACUACCUGCUCAAGGCCACGGCGCACCCGGACACCAUCUACGUCCAGGUUGGUGACGCCACCAAGGACCACGCGUGCUGGGAGCGGCCGGAGGACAUGGACACCCCCCGCACCGUGUACAAGGUGGACCCCGGCACCCCCGGCUCCGACGUCGCCGCCGAGACUGCUGCCGCGCUCGCCGCCGCCUCCCUCGUCUUCCGCAAGUCCGACCCGGCCUACGCCAGCCGCCUCCUCGCCCGGGCCAAGAGGGUGUUCGCGUUCGCGGACAAGCACCGUGGCUCCUACAGCACGGGCCUGGCGGCGGACGUGUGCCCCUACUACUGCUCCUACUCCGGGUACCAGGACGAGCUCCUGUGGGGCGCGGCGUGGCUGCACCGCGCCACCAAGAGCCCGUCGUACCUGGGCUACAUCCAGGCGAACGGCCAGGUGCUGGGCGCCGGCGAGUCGGACAACACGUUCGGGUGGGACAACAAGCACGCGGGCGCCCGGGUCCUGAUCGCCAAGUCGUUCCUGGUGCAGCGCCUGGGCGCCCUGCACGAGUACAAGAGCCACGCCGACGCCUUCAUCUGCUCCAUGGUGCCCGGCACGCCGACGGACCAGACCCAGUACACCCGCGGCGGCCUGCUGUUCAAGCUCAGCGACAGCAACAUGCAGUACGUGACCUCCAGCGCGUUCCUCCUGCUCACCUACGCCAAGUACCUGGCCUUCGCGAGGCAGACGGUGAGCUGCGGCGGCGGCGGCGGCGUGGUGACGCCGCAGCGGCUGCGCGCCAUCGCGCGGCGGCAGGUGGACUACCUGCUGGGGAGCAACCCGGCGGGGAUGUCGUACAUGGUCGGGUACGGGGCGCGGUACCCGCGGCGCGUGCACCACCGCGCGUCGUCGCUGCCGUCGGUGGCGGCGCACCCGGGGCGGAUCGGGUGCUCGCAGGGGUUCGCCGCGCUGUACGCCGGCGCGGCCAACCCGAACGUGCUCGUCGGCGCCGUUGUGGGGGGCCCCGACUUGCAGGACAGGUUCCCCGACCAGCGCGACGACCACGAGCACUCGGAGCCGGCCACCUACAUCAACGCGCCGCUCGUCGGCGCGCUCGCGUACCUCGCGCACUCCUACGGCCAGCUCUAGCUGCCUGCCGAUCAGAUUAUCGUUCGACUUGAUUGAUUGAUUAGUGGAGGGGUUGAUUAUUGGAGGAGGACCCCAGUGCAAGCCAAAAAACCAAGCUAUAAGGGCGCUUCGCUUGUGGGUCUUAAUUGAUUUGUUGUCACGACUACUAGGUGUUAGGCACGGCGUAGUGUGAUUGGUUUGGGUACGUACGUGACGCCGCUGGCGCACCGGUGUGAUGUAUCGGGGUGACACCAAAAAUGUGUGCUCCACCCCCAAGUCUACUGCUACUGCUAUGGUUGCAUCUCGCAACUCAAUCGUUUCCGAUUUCCAGGUACUAC